AUUUUAUUUUGUAAAGUUUGACAAAUAAACGAAUGUUGACUAAUAGCUGAUAUGUAAGGUUAAAAAUCAUAUAAAUACUCUUGCUGUGGAGCAUUAAGUUCAAAUUGUGCAAUGAGUACGACUAGAAGACCGAGAAGGCGCACAAGAGCCUCUAUGCGUCUUCCUCAACAGGAAUCUAAUGAUGACCUUGUUGAUGAUGUCAUUGCGAAUACAACAUGUAUUGACUUAACUGAAGAUGAUGAUCCUGUACCUGGUGACAAUGUUUCUAUUGUUGACCUCACCAGUGUCAAUGAUAGCCCUAUUGUGGUGCUUGGUCGUGAAGAAACCCCUUCUGCUGAUGACGACAAUGGGCCAUCCCCAAGAAGGAGACGGAGACUGAAUCGUCAACGACAGCAAGAUGCCUCAAUACUAGAGCUGCCAUCUAUUGAACCACGUAGUCGCCUCCAAGAUUCUAUCUUUGAAUUGCCUGAUCUUGAUGAUGAUGCUGAUGAUUUGCCAACAUAUGGUCUGGGAAGUAGGACUCCAAAGCCUGGGACUUCAGCCUCUGGGAGUUCAGCCUCUGGUGCUAAUAAUAAAAGUAUUGCUAGUCUGAGUGGUGAUGACAGCAUAGAAUCUUCCCCUGAUGCUAAAAAGACAAUAUCAUGUCCUGUUUGUUUGGAGUCAGCCAAAAAUAUCAGCAGGAGGAAGAAUCAACUGAUGUCAACAACUUGUGGACAUGUAUUUUGCAAAAACUGUAUCACAGCUUCUAUUAAAGCACAACACAAAUGUCCGACUUGUCGAACAAAACUUUCACUGAAGCAAAUCCACCCAUUGUUUCUAUAGAACUUGUGCAUUUGAACUGUUCUUUGAUUGUGCCAACUUAGCCAAAAUAGCCGACAAACGUCUAAAUCAAAAAAGUUAACAAUUGAAACUUAUUACAAAGAUAUUAUCAAACUUAAGUUUCAGUACAUUUUAUGAGUCUUAUAAAGUUUGAGAUGUUGUCCCAGUGAACACAUUUGUUCACUGGAAACAUGAUAAUAUCUCACAAAAUUAAGAUUACACUAGUGAUAUGUAUAUUUAAAAGUACUUUGAAUAGACCAUAAUUUUUCAUCCCACAAGAUCCAACUAGUGAUAUAUUACUAAAAUACUUA